CUCAUAAAUAUCAGCGAAACUUUUAAAGAAAAACAAGAAUUAAUAAAUACAUAAGAAAUGGAUCAAAUCGCUAUUGCUAUACAGCAAGCUGCGAUACAGCAAGAAAUGUACAAUGCAAAUGCAGCACUAAUGUCUCCACAAAUGCCAAUGAUGAUGCAAAUGCAUCAUCCACCUUCACAUCAUAUGAACUUUUCUAUGCGCUAUUCACUGCAACAAAAUGGUGAAGAAGAUUAUGAUGACGACGAUGAUGAGGAUGAUGAGCAGCAGCGCACGAUCUAUUGCAACAAUCUGGACGAGCGCGUAACGGAGGACAUACUUUACGAGGUGUUUCUGCAGGCGGGACCCAUAGAAAGUGUGCGCAUACCACUGGACAACAUGGGACGUCAGCGCAACUUUGGCUUCGUUUCAUAUCAGCACAAGUGUGCAGUGCCUUUUGCAUUGCAGCUAUUCCAGGGACUGGAACUGUAUGAGAAGAAGAUAAAUAUGAGGUCUCAAGGCGUUGAUAGGCAAAGAGAUUCGCGUAUGCAGCAGAAUCCAUUUGAUGCGCCCCAGCAGAAUUAUCAUCCCAGAUAUAGCCACCAUGAAGCAAUGGGUCUUGGUAGCAAUUACAACAAUCACAAUGAUCUUCGACGUCGAAGCGACAGUGCUGUGCUCGACAACAAGCGGCCCAGACCGCAUCAACAUCAAAUGCAUCAUCAGCAAUAUAAUUAUCAGCAGCACAACAACAGCAACAGACGUUCGGAUCAGCGCUAUAAUCAUGGCAAGCGCAGAUUAUGACGAGGCUACUAUAGGAA